AUGAAGAAGACUCAAGACAACAACACACUUGUGCUCAUUGUGUGCAUCAGGGCAGACAAGGACAGGAUCGAAAAGGUUGUGAAGAAACUCUAUGACACUGAGGCCGACUUCGUCUUCAUGUUUCUCUUCGGUGGUGUUCUCAUGACUCUGUUGGGAUUCCUGGGCAGCCUCUUUUUCCUGGGACAGGCCCUCAUGGCCAUGCUGGUUUAUGUAUGGAGCCGGCGCAGCCCUCAUGUGAGGGUCAACUUCUUUGGCUUACUCAACUUCCAGGCACCAUUCCUGCCCUGGGCCCUCAUGGGCUUCUCGAUGCUGCUGGGCAACUCGGUCCUCACAGACCUGCUAGGGAUUAUUGUGGGUCACAUCUACUACUUCCUAGAAGAUGUCUUUCCCAACCAGCCUGGAGGCAAGAGACUGCUGCUGACCCCCAACUUUCUGAAGCUACUACUGGAUGACCCUCAGGAGGACCCCAAUUAUCUGCCCCUUCCAGAAGAGCAACCAGAGCCCUAACUGCAGCUUCAGGAGCAGUAAGCCCACCGGGUCAGCCUGAGGCUUCUGGCAGGGCUAUACCUUCUCCUACAGCCAAACAACCCAUCCAGAAGGCUGGGCCCACCAACAACCUUGGUGCCUCAGCCAGUGACGCCCUCCACUCCUCUGCACCAUCUCUCUGCUCAACUAUAGGUGGUAGGACAUGGGGCCCAGGGUGGGUGACUACCUACGGAUGCCUAGCAGAGCUCUGAACUCACUAACUACAGACCCACAGUUCUCAUCUUCAUGCUGCCAGUGCCUUGAUGGAGCACCGGAACACUCCCCAAAUACCCAGGAGCAUGCCAGUCUAUAGGUACCCUGCCUGUGGCGCCUGAGGGCUGACACCUACCCUCCUAGGCUCUGUCCUUGUUUAAAGCAAGUCUUCACGUUCUUCUCUGGCUGGCGACCCAAAGGUCCUCUGGGCUCAGGUGCAGAGAACAAAUUUGGUCCUCUGGCGUUCUAGGAGCCCAGGGCCUUGAGCUCUAUCUUAGCAGCACCUUGUGUAUAGCAGAGGAAGUUCUGGGACGUUCCAUUUGCUGAAGGUCCAGGAGUCCUUCCUACCCGCAUCUCCUCUGAUCCGAGGAUGUCAAUGUGGCCAGUUUUCCUUGUUGCUUUACAUGUCCCACUGGGGCUUACUCCUGGAUGCCCAAGAGCAUGGGAGUUCCCCAAACCACUGCCUAUUGUUUCUAUGGCAACAAAAAUGUUUUCUACUGA